AUGGCCGCCACCUCCCUCGCCGCCGCUUCGCGCUGCCACCGCCACCACAUCCUCCUCCCCGCUCUCCCCAGCCCCGGCUGCUUCAACCACAGAACCCCCAACCGAAGACGCAUCUGCCCCGCCUUCCCGUCCGUUCUCUGCUCCUCCUCCUCCUCUGCUUCUCCCCAGCCCACGGCCGGCGGCGAGGAGGAGGCGGAGGAUGGGGAAGAGGGGCGCGGGAGGAGGCUUUCGAAGCAGUCCUCGUGGGAGGCCACGGAUGGUCAGGGCGACGACUACCUCUACCGCCUCGGGAAGGAGGCCGACAACAUGAACAUCGCCGUCGGCGCCCGCAGCGGCAUCGUCGACGACCUCUUCGUCGGCAAAUUCCUCGGAAGAGACUCGGAUAUUGUGUUCGAUUACCGCCAGAAGGCGACGAGGAAAUUUGAGUAUCUGCAGGGAGAUUACUACAUCGCGCCUGCCUUCCUCGUGAGUUUAGCGGUCCACAUUGUAAAGAACUUCCUUGCAAAUAAUCUUAAUAUCAAGAUUCCCCUUAUACUUGGUGUCUGGGGUGGCAAGGGGCAAGGGAAAACAUUCCAGACUGAACUUAUAUUUAAAGCAAUGGGUGUUGAGCCUGUUAUUAUGUCUGCUGGAGAACUCGAAUCUGAGAGAGCAGGAGAACCUGGAAGGCUUAUACGUGAUCGAUACAGAACGGCCUCUCAAGUAGUUCAAAACCAAGGGAAAAUGAGCUGUCUGAUGAUCAAUGACCUAGAUGCUGGUCUUGGAAGAUUUGGACACACACAAAUGACGGUCAAUAAUCAAAUCGUGGUUGGAACAUUGAUGAACUUGGCAGAUAAUCCUAACAGGGUUAGUAUCGGGCAGAAAUGGAGAGAAUCUGAUAUAACACAUAGAAUUCCAAUAAUAGCAACUGGAAAUGAUUUUUCAACACUAUAUGCUCCUUUGAUUCGUGAUGGGAGGAUGGAAAAGUUCUACUGGCAGCCCACCCGUGAAGAUAUAAUUAACAUUGUUCACCGUAUGUAUACAAAGGAUGGGUUAUCUUUUGAGGAAGUUUCAAGCAUUGUAGAUACAUUUCCAAAUCAAGCUCUCGACUUUUAUGGAGCUUUGAGAUCCAGGACAUAUGACCAGGCUAUCUUGCAGUGGGUAAAUGACAUUGGUGGUUAUGAGCAACUAGGUGAAAAGCUUCUCAAGCGGAAGAACAGAGAGAAGCUUCCGACAUUUAUCCCUCCGAAGCCAACACUGGAUGCACUGAUUCAGUCAGGGAACUCUCUGGUAGAAGAGCAAGCAUUCGUGAUGAAUUCGAACUUGUCGAAAGAAUAUAUGAAGAACUUGGAGGACUAG